AUUAUUCAAUCCAAUGGGUUAUAUUAAAACAUUGUUGUUCUUGUCAACAGAUGAUUUAAUUGUCACGUGACAAGAAAUAAUUUUUUUCUUUUGUUUUUAUCAAUGAAAACAAGAAGCAGAGAAAAUUGUGAAAAUGAUGAUAAAUGAAGAUGAAGAUGAAGGAAGAAAAGAUGUUACAGAAUUAUCAUCAGAUGAGAAAUUGUUACUCCAAAGUUUGGCGGAAAUCGAAGUAAAAGAAACAGAGAGAAAGAGAGAAUUAACAAAGAACGAAAAAAAAAGAACUAAAAGAAAAAUCGAUAAUACGAAUAUCGAUCGACGAAAUACUAAAAGAUGGAAAACCGAGAAGAAGAAACGAAAGAAAACGAAAAAGAAAGAAAAAAACAGAGAGAGAGAGAGACAGAGAAAAAGAUGAAGAUGAAGAUGAACCAAGAGAAAGAGUAAAAUUUGACUUGAUGCCAAAAAAGAAAGAGAGAAAAGAAAGAGAAAAGAUGAAGAUAACUAACAUGAAGAGCGCAUGAUAACUGGAGUAAUAACGUCAUUUUGACGUUGAAUGAAAUAGUAAAAUAGUAGAUUCUGAUUGGAUGAAUUCUGGUUCCGGUGUACCUUAAAAGGAGAUAAGUGGUCGUGGUUUUCAUUCAUGAAAAUUUUCAGCCAACUCGUAACAACAACAACAUUAGAAAGCAACAUUUCCAGUGAUCAACUUGAUUUCAACUUUUUUGUUUCAGUUACAAUGAUAAUCAACAACAAUUUAACACCAACUGAGCAACUGAAGUUAUUAUAUUUUACCAUUGAUUGUGAAUCUUUGUUUCUUAAUUGUUUCUUUUUAAAUUGUUACCAAUCAUCUUCGUGUCUUAUUAGUUAAAGUGUAACAAUUGAUUGUCACAAAUUGUUGAUUUUUUCUUCUCCUUCUUCAUCAUUAAUUUAAUUUUAUCGAUUUUACAAUCUGUUGAUUUAGUUGAUCAUCUUGUUAACAACAAGUUAGAACAUUUUUUUCAAUCACUUUGUCGUUGGUACGAAAUUCAUUCAUGUUAAUCAAUUGAUAUUUUCACUAUUUCACUCUUUCCCUGUCAAGUGCCAAGUUAAUUAGUGACAAUUUUAAAAGAAAAUUAAUUAAUUGUUGUUUAUAAAUUGUUGUCAUGUCAACAUUAAUUUUUAAUUUCUCAUCGUUUCAUUUUCAAUUUACUUAGUGGUUAAUUGUUGUUUCAAAUCUUAUUAUUGGUGAUUUGGUCCAAAAAAUUAGUAAUUUUUAGAUUGAUUAUCUAAUUAAUUGUUUUAUUAUUAUCAUCUGACAUCAUUGAUCUGUCACAAGGCAAAUAUGAUUAUGGACGGUAUCCUGUCUCAGGUCACUUUGUCCGUUGAGCCUCAAACAUUUAGCUUCGAUUCAUAUAAAUUAAACCACGAUUCGGAUGAAAGUUCAACUGAUUGUGAUUUAAGUGAAGUUAGUUUAUCAACAGUUAUCUCACCUCCCCUUCUAGGGUCCAGUAUUGUCACCCUUGUAACAUCAUCUUCAUCUUCAUCAUCAUCAUCCUCAUCACCUCCACUAGCCACAACAACAACUUCACUACAAUCAGCUGAUAUACCACUUAAUCAACUCUACCAUCAACACAAUCAUCACCAUCAACAACAACAACAACAACAACAUCAUCAUCAUCAUCAUAGACGACCAACAUCAAUUAGCUUAAUUAAUACUAAAUCCUGUUCAUCAUCACCAAUCACAAUUAUCUCAGAUAAUAGUAAUAAUACUAAUCAUCAACAAUUAAAAUCACAAGGUUCAAUCGAUGAACCGGCAACUGCCGAAGACACCAAUCCAAAUAGUCCCAAUAGUUGUAGUGCAAUCCACGAAUCCAAUUCAAGUGAUACUAAUCCUAAUCCUAAUCCAAAUAGUAAUAAUAUAAUGGAUGAUCCAAAUGAAUCUCUUAAUACUCCAAUAUCAACUUCCAAUGGAGUCUCUGCCUUUUUCAGUUGUGUAGUAACUUCAAUACCAGAUCCACUUCCAAUAUCAGCCGAAGCCCUUGGAUCGAUCCAGGACAAAAGCGAAGCCGAUGAUAGCAUGUACAAUAGUCCAUCAGGUCGCCAAGAAGGUAAUGAUCGACUUAAUUACUCAGAUCGCACAACUGGAUCAAUUUAUUUAACGGAAACAGAAACAAAUCAACAACAAUCAACUUCAUCAGCAUCAACCGUUUCAACCCCAUCUUGGUUAAUCCAAGAAAAACCAUUAUACUCUCCAAUAAUUAAUUUAGUUCCAGCAUCACAACUACAACAAUUAGGAGGUCAAUAUUCCAGUGGAUUAACGACAACAACCACAUCAGUAUCUGGACAAUCAACUCAAUUGUGUUCAACUCUUAAUCCAAGUUUGUGCAUGGUCACUGGAACGAUUUCCCCUCAACCUCAUCUCUCUCAUCAUCCACAAUCACAUCAUCUCUCUCAUCCUUCAUCAGUUCAUCUUCUUCAUCAAAGCCAUCAUCAUCAUCAACAGCAACAACAACAACAACAACAUCACCAUUCGAGUCACCAAUUGCUUACCAAUAUCUCAUCACUAUCAACUAGUGGUCAUCUUCAGUCUCUUCAUCAGCCCCAUGGUCACCAUGGUCAUCAUCAACAUUCACACUAUGAUUUAAGCUCAUCGGAUGCUCAGGGUGGGUCAUCUGAUGCUUCCUAUUCAACUGAACUUUUAAGCUCAUUUUCAAGCUCUUCCUUUGCCGAUGGGUUUACGGUAAAACCAGAAUAUACAAAUUCACCCGCCAGUGUCACCGAUCUUGGUGGUACCUCCCUUGAGGCCAGCUCUCAAUCAAGUAACACCAACAAUCCUAGUAACUUAAUUAGUUCAAACAAUAGCAACAGUUUGUUAACUAAUGAUGAUAUUUUUGCUCGUUUAACGGCUUCCAGUUCAGACUUGACCGGUCAACACUUAACUAAAUACCAAUGGUCAACUUUUCCAAGUGCAACUGCCACUGCCGUGGUAGUUGCUCCCACUGUAAUUACUUCGGGUGGGACAACAUCACCGCCUUCAUCUUCAUUGACAGAGUAUCAAACACUUACCUCAGCAUCGCCAAUUCAUCAUCUUCAUUCAUCUUCAGGGGGUGGGAGUGGAUCGACUUCGAAUAUAAUUCCUAAAGUUUUACACCAAGAAAGCGGUGGUUAUGUUACAUCACUCAGUUUAUCUUCACCUUCAUCAUCAUCAACAAUUACGGGUAAUAAUUCAUUAGGAACCAAUCCUUUGUAUACAACAUCAUCUUCAUCCUCAUCAACAACCGUAUUAACUAAUUCAUCAUUAACCUCAUCCAGAUCAAAUAGUAAUAAUAAUAGUACAAGUAAUCAAAUUGACAAUUUGGCUCGAUCAUCAUCAGCGGGAUCGACUCGAACGACCUCGUCCACGGCCACAACAAGUGAGACAACAACAACUGAACCUAAUUUAGCAGAAUACAAUCAGGCCACAUCAAAAGGUCACGAAAUUUUAAGCCAAGCUUAUCAAUCGAGUCCAGUUCCGAUCAAAUUGAUGCCAGUUAAGCCACGUAAAUAUCCCAAUAGACCAAGUAAAACUCCCGUUCAUGAGCGACCUUAUGCUUGUCCAGUUAAAACUUGUGAUCGUCGAUUUUCUCGCUCAGAUGAGCUUACAAGACACAUUCGUAUUCACACAGGCCAGAAGCCGUUUCAAUGUCGCAUUUGUAUGAGAUCAUUUUCUCGUUCUGAUCAUUUGACAACUCAUGUUCGUACACAUACCGGUGAAAAGCCAUUCAGUUGUGACCUUUGUGGCCGUAAAUUUGCUCGAUCAGAUGAAAAGAAACGCCAUGCAAAAGUACAUUUAAAACAAAAGGUAAAACGGGAAUCAAGAGGUCACUCCAAUUCUCGCGCUGCAAGAGCAGCAGCAGCAGCGGCGGCAGCGGCAGCAUCAGCAGCUUCCACAUCCUCAACAGCAACAACUUCAACACCAACGACCACUGCCACCGCUACAUCAUCCUCCUCAUCAACAGUAACGAUAUCAAACUUAGGUCAUCACCAACAAAUAACAAUCCAACACCAACACCAACAGCAACACGAUCACCAACAACAACAACAUCAUCAACAACAACAGCAGCAGCAGCAGCAGCAACAACAACAACAACAAUAUCAUCAGCAUCACCAACACCAUCAGCACCAACAACAUUAUCACCAUCAACAACCCCAACCCCAGCCCCAACACCAACAACAACAACAGCACCUUUUAAUUCAACAACAACACCAACAAACGCAACAAUAAGUUUGAUAUGAAACCAGAAAAACAAAUUGAUCAGCACAACAAUUAAAUCAACUUGAUCAUUUUCUCAACUCAAUUAAUUGUUAUACAUUUUAAUUAAACAAUCGCCGAUUGCCCCGUUCCUUCUAAUUAAUACAAUUAAUUAAUUUUAUCAACACAACAAAGAUUUUGAUCUAAUUCAAAAUCCAAUCUUUAUACAUAUAAAAAAAAAAUCGGACUCGAAAAAAAGUUAAUCUAUUUUAUUGUUUCUUUUUCUGCUCACUAUUGAGCUUUUGCUAUUAAUUAAUUAAUUAAUUAUCGUUGAUCAUUGUUUGCCAAUCAUUCACUUGAUUCACUCUGCAAGAUGCACCUUAAUCACAAACAAUUUAAUCAUCUUUUAAUUGUCAUCAACUUUUUUGUUUCUUCUUCACCACUGAAGCCUCACUUCUCAAUUCUAAUGAUCAUUUGAUUAUCUCUUCUUAAUUGUAAUAAUUAUUAUUUACCAACAAUUGCCUCACCUCUUCCUAUCGUCCAAUUGUCCACCAUCCAGUUAAUUAAUUGAUUACCAAUAUAAUAUAAAUAUAUAUCAUUAAUUGUGAACAAUUAAGACACAAAACCAAAUCAAUUUUAAUCUUCCUCUUGCCAUCUUCAUCUCUUCAUGUUAUCAUAACAUUUUUCAACUACUAUUUUGACAACCUUUGGUAUCUACGAUUAAUUAAUUCAAUCAAUUAAUUAACGAUCUAAUUGUAUUAAUCUAAUUGAGAAAUGAAAAUGUUUACAAAAAAAUCAACUGUUUAAAACACAACAAUUAAAAUCUUUUUGUUAUUUACACUGAUUAACUUUCAAUGUCUC